AGUGGCGUGGGAGGGAGAGCGGUUCCCUUGGUUUUUCUUCUACAAAAUCCUUCUCCUGCAACUCAAAUCCCCUCUUCGUCUUCUUCAAGCAAGAACCCUCCUCUCGCUUCAACCCUCGCCAUUGAAGCACAAGGUUGCCGCAACAGACGCAGACCCACCUCUGUUUCUCUGCGUUCCUUGUUCGUUGUCCUUCUCUGAUUUCUGUAUCUAGAGAAAUCGUGCGCGAAUCCUCCUGUCUUCGCUCCGGUCGGAGUGUUUCUUGAAGCCAACGUAAUUCAGUUCCCUGAAAACCUCUGUAAGCUUUCGGGGAUCGGUUUGUUGUUCGAAAAUGGCGGGCUCCACACAUCAACCACCGACUGUACACACCGCCACUCCUGAUGCAGUCGCACCCGAAUUCAACCAUACGGCAAACGCUCUCAACCGUCCAGAUAUCCACAGCCCGAUGGACGAUAUCUCCGAUUGCGAGAGCGUCGCCUCCGCAGAUCAUUCUGGCACUGCUCUGUCGCCGUUCACCGGCGCCGGGUUGAUGAAACUCGGGGAGGGAGACGAGGCCCACCGCUUUAUCAACCAGAGGCUCGUCUCCCGGCUGAGUGCGCUUGGGGUGCAAGCUACCGUGGCGGAGAUCCACCGGAAUUGCUCCUCCAGUGCCUGGGCGAGAGCACGGGCCGAAGCGUUUCAAGUUUACUUACGGGCAGCGCAGAAAAAAGGCGGCAGCGGCACUGCCAAUGUGAGGUACGCAUGGUACGCGACCUCGAAGGAAGAGGUCUGCAAGAUCAUCUCCUAUGGCUUUGUCUACGAUGGGAAGCCUAAGAACAGUGGCUUGUAUGGUUGUGGAGUUUAUUUUGCUCCCGAUGGUCAUCCUCUCGAAUGCCUUGAGUCCGCCCCUGCAGAUGAAGACGGCCUGAGGCAUCUCUUGCUUUGCCGAGUCAUACUGGGGAAAUCGGAGCUCGUCAGUUUUGGCUCGGAACAGUCUCAUCCUAGUUCGGAACAGUAUGAUUCGGGUGUUGAUGACUUAUCGUCUCCGAGGAGAUACAUCGUUUGGAGCACCCACGUGAACACUCACGUGUUGGCCGAGUAUGUUGUCAGCUUUGGAGCCCCUUGUCGCUCGAGAGGGCUGUCGACAACUUUGGAGGAGUCGUGGCAACCGACUUCCCCUUGGAUGCCGGUUCGGGUUUUGAUUUUUGAACUCUCGAAGAUCUUACGUCCAUCCGAAGUCAAUUUGAUCUCCAAGUAUUUUAAGCAGCACAGCGGCGGCAAGAUUUCUAGGCAUCUGCUGGUGCAAAGAGUUAGGCAAAUUGCAGGGGAUGGGUUGCUGACCAGAAUCAUCAAAAGUUUUGGAACUAAGCAAUCUGGGGCGUGAAGCAGCCCGAUUACCGGACGAGGGAUGGACUUGAAUAAGACUGAGAUACAAGGGCGCGUAAAGGGAGAUUGGUUUUGGUUUUGGGGUGGGGUGGGG